AUGACAACCCCUAUCACUGGACUUACAAGAAGCGGAACUCUAUAUCGACGACAAGAUAUACCUCACAGCGAUAGCAACUCUAACGAAACCGAAGAUACAAACUUAGACAACAUGUCUAUUAAUGGUAAUGACGUUAAUAACUCUAUUGAACCGGUUGUGCAUAUCUCAAGCGGUGCACCGACAGAUACAACCGGUAAAUCAAAACCUAAACAACGGAAGAUACCGAAGUUUAGUGGCUCUUCAGAUUCAGACCUCACGAUAGAAGCAUUCAUAUCGAUGUUUGACAGAGCAUUUCGAUUGAACUCCGAUGACGACAAAGUCGAUGAUAUAAUGGAGUUUCUAACAGACGACGCCGCCAACUACUAUGGCUCGGAUAUCUUAACCGGUCCUGACGUCACAUGGACUCAUGCAAAGCAAUUACUACUAGACCGGUACGCACACUCCGACAUACCUCCCGUUGUGGCCGCAAAUAGAAGACGCCAACAAAAGGCCGAAAGCAUAAAACAAUAUUAUGACGAAAAACUAAAGCUAUUACGUCGAGUCAAGAACUACACUGAUAACGACAAAGCCAACCUCCUCACCGAUGGACUCAUCCCUGACUAUCGCGAAUACUUUUAUGGCCGUCGAUUCAAAUCAACCACAGAGUGGCUGGAAAUGGCUCAAGAUAUAGAAGCCGACAAAUCACGUAAUCGACAUUACAGACAACCCGGCUCAUCACAUUUUACAACCGACAAGAAUAACGAUAGGUUCAGCAAACGUUUUCCCAACAAACGUGAUUCAAAAGACAAGUCUCGCCCACCAUAUUCAUGUCGCAUAUGCCGUGACCGUGGCCAGACAUCGUGGCACUAUCAUAAAGAUUGCCCUCAUAAACCAACCGUACCACAACCGGUUGUCACACCAAACAUUGGUGAUUCAAGUCAAUCAACCGAUACCUCUAAUCAUUACAUACGUCCCCAAACCAUGGCAUCAGCAGCUAAUGUCAAAAACAUAAUCUUAAUACCGGGACGUAUAGGGAAUUUCGAACUAUCUGCUUUUGCUGAUCCAGGUUCAACAGUGGAUCUAAUGCCACUCUACGUAGCAAAACAUCUACGGCUUCCAAUUAACUAUCGCCGAUCAACAAGCGUAUCACUUGCUCGUGGAUCGAUACGUACCGUUGGUGAAGUAGCAUUUAAACUGACAAUUAAUAGGAUGACACGUACUAUGAAAGCACAAGUCCUUAACGGAUUCGAGUAUACACUUCUCAUGUCUAUCGACUCUCUUGGCCGUUAUGGUGUCAUCAUUGAUACACACUCUAAAACUGUAUCGUAUAAAUGGUCAAACAAAAUACACCCAUUCUUAAAGUCAACCGGUCAUCAUUGCAAUUAUAUGGCCAUUCAACCCACAACAAACCGGUUGCCUACAAUACCUAAUAAAAAUGUGGAUCAACUCAUUUACAAAUAUUCACAAAUAUUUGCCGCCGACUCUACUGACUUAGGCCGCAUUAAAAUUGAAGAGCACAGAAUCGUAUUGACUGACAAUGAGCCUACAGCACAGCGCCCGUACCGUCAAUCAUUUCCAAUGGCAGCUGAAACUGCCCGCCAAGUGAAGGACCUAUUACAAAAAGGACUAAUCCGGGAAAGCGUGAGCCCUUACGCUGCACCGAUCACUUUGGCUCCUAAGAAAGACGGCACAUAUCGUUUGUGUGUGGAUUACCGUCGACUCAAUACGAAAACUGUCGCCGACAAGACCCCAUUACCGGUUAUCGCUGACGUCAUUGACCGUCUCCAAGGAUCAACUGUAUUCUCAAAAUUGGAUUUCGCUUCAGGUUAUUGGCAGGUCGCCGUCUCACCAGAAGACAUACAUAAAACAGCAUUCGUCACCCGCGACGGACACUAUGAGUGGACAGUCCUACCUUUCGGACUCAAGAAUAGUCCCGCAACUUUUCAUCGAGUAGUGCGUAAGAUUCUCGGAAAUCUCCAUAAUAACGGUGUCAUAUCAUACUUGGAUGACAUCAUAAUCUACUCAUCAUCACUGGACGAACACAACCGAUUAUUAAAUGAAGUGUUUAACCGGUUGUCCCUAAAUAAUGCCCGACUAAAGAAAGAAAAAUGUGAGUUUUUCAAAAAAUCAAUUGAAUUCAUAGGCCAUAUCAUCGAUGGUAAAACAGUACGUCCGCCGGAUAGUAAAGUGAAAGCGAUACUAAACUUUCCGAUACCAACUUCUCAACAAGAUGUUCAACGAUUUCACGGUUUGGCAAACUAUCUCCGCGAAUAUAUACCCGACUUUGCUUCAGUUACCGCACCAUUGACAACACUUAUGAAAAAGUCAAAAGCUAAAGAGUUUCAAUGGCUUGAAAUACAUCAAGAGUCAUUUGACAACCUCAAGAAACUAAUGGCUUCCGAACCGGUACGCGGGAUAUACAACCAUAGCCAACCGGUUGAACUCCACACCGACGCUUCCGCAAUCGGUAUCGCUGGCAUACUAUUUCAAAGUGGAAAACCAAUCGGCUAUUACUCCCGAAAAUUGGCCAUGCUGAAACACGAUACACUGUAA